CGGGCCCGGCCUUGCCUCGCACCCAGCUCGGAGCUCUGACGCGUGUGUGACGUUAAUAAGGUGGGUAUCAAUUUGUUAUGGUGGCGGAGGGAGGGAGGAAGAGGAGGAGGAGUUCCCCCUGUGAGUGCCGAAGCCCUCUGCUCUGCAUUCCGGCGGAGCGCACAGCCACACACCGGCCGCAGCCGAGUCCCGGGCCGAAAGACUGGUCGUAAAGACUCCAAAUUAAAGACGAGAGGAAAAGUUGCUGCGCGCGGGGCUUUUCUACAUUUACUCGCCGCUGCUGUCGCGUUGGUUGUGGAAUGCUUUACGUCUUUUCUGAACUGUGAGAGAAGGUGCUUUAUGUCCGCUUAUUAAGGUACUAAAGUUUCCUAACGCUGUAACUCCAGACCAUGGUGGUCAUGAAAGAGAACAGCCCAGCUCAGUCCAGCCCUGCUCAGGGAAGGCCCCUGCAGGUCGGCUUCUAUGAGAUCAUCCGCACCCUGGGGAAGGGAAACUUUGCAGUGGUGAAACUGGCCCAACACAAAGUCACCAAAACACAGGUGGCUAUCAAGAUCAUUGACAAGACCAGACUGAACCCCUCCAACCUGGAGAAGAUUUACCGAGAGGUGCAGAUUAUGAAGCUGCUAAACCACCCCCAUAUCAUCAAACUCUAUCAGGUCAUGGAGACCAAAGACAUGCUGUACAUUGUAACAGAGUAUGCGAAGAACGGAGAAAUGUUUGACCACCUGACCUCAAAUGGCCGUAUGAGUGAAGAUGAGGCACGGAAGAAGUUUUGGCAGAUUCUCACAGCCGUGGACUACUGCCAUCGACACCACAUCGUCCACCGUGACCUAAAAACCGAGAACCUGUUGCUGGAUGCCAACAUGAACAUCAAACUGGCUGACUUUGGAUUUGGAAACUUCUACAAUGGAGGGGAGCCUCUGUCUACAUGGUGUGGCAGCCCGCCUUAUGCUGCCCCUGAAGUGUUUGAAGGGAAAGAGUAUGAGGGGCCGCAGCUGGACAUUUGGAGCCUGGGUGUGGUACUUUAUGUUCUGGUAUGUGGCUCUCUUCCAUUUGAUGGACCCAGCCUUCCUGCACUCAGACAGAGAGUCACAGAAGGACGAUUCAGAAUCCCUUUCUUUAUGUCUCAAGACUGUGAAAACCUGAUCCGUAAGAUGCUGGUGGUAGACCCCGCCAGGAGGAUCAGCAUGGCCCAGAUCAAGCAGCACCGAUGGAUGCUGGCAGACCCAACAGCCGCCCACCAGACCCUCAGCCAUUCCCUGACUGAGUACAACUCCAACCUGGGGGACUACAGUGAACCGGUGUUGGGCAUCAUGAACACACUGGGCAUCAACCGCCAGAAGACUAUCGAGUCUCUACAGAGCAGCAGCUAUAAUCACUUCUCGGCUAUCUACUACCUGCUGCUGGAGAGAGUGAGAGAGCAUCGCACCCAGCAGCUGAGCCGCCAUUGUGGGACCUGGAGCCAGAGACCCAGGAGCACCUCCGACUCCACCGGCCCAGAGGUGAUCAUGGAGUCCACCGACAGCUUUAGGACCACGGCAUUUUCAAUUCCAGCCAAAAGCACUCCUCUAGUGUACCCGGAGAUGGAGUAUGACCAAAGUGGAUUGUUCCAGCGGGUGGGGUUUCCAGUGGAGGCCAGUCUGAACAGACUGCUCUGGAACCGCUCCAUUUCACCCAACAGCCUGCUGGAGACGAGCAUCAGCGAAGAGGUGCGACCCAGGGACCUGGAGGAGGAGGAGGCCACACAAACUUUCGGGCCUCUGCUCCCUCCCACCACCACCUCCCGCAGACACACACUGGCCGAGGUGUCGGCCCGUUUCCACCAGUGCAACCCUCCAUGUAUUGUGGUCAGUCCCUCAGAUGGUGCCUCUUCUGACAGCUGUCUGAAGUACUCAUCCAGUCCAGCUCCCACUUUUCAGGCAGCUAGGGGUGACAUGUCAACACUUAUGUCCUCUGGGACUGAGAGUGGAGCUCUGCUGCUUGCUGGAACUCCCCUGAACCUCUCCUCCCACCUCCUGCCCCAAGCCCAAGGCGGCCUGCCUGCUGCCAGCUUCCAGGAGGGCCGCAGAGCCUCUGACACCUCCCUCACACAAGGCCUCAAAGCUUUCCGCCAGCAGCUGAGGAAAAACACACGCACUAAAGGGCUCCUGGGAUUAAAUAAGAUCAAGGGUCUGACGAGGCAGGUAUUUCCUUCACCCUCGAGUAACCGUGGCAGCCGUGGGUCACUGGGUCCAGCUCUCUGCGAGCACCGCAACAUGCUGGAGGAGGUCCUGCACCAGCAACGGAUGUUACAGAUCCAGCACCAACCCCAGCCUCAGGUCCAAGCUGCUCAGACAGGACCUACACAGAAUCCCUUGCUCUUUCUUGCCCAGCACCAGUCACCGUCUCCUCCACCUACAGCAGUGUUUGCUUCCUCCUCCAUGUUUGACACGCCCGCCCCCUCCGCCCUGCCUUCUCAGCAAGCUACGGUGGUUUUACAGCACGACCCCUGGACACAAACCCUCAAGACUUCCUCCUCCAGCUGCUCCUCGUCCUCCGCAUCCUGCUACGCUUCUUCCCUGUCCCCCGUGGCCUCCGCUGCUUACCUUCUCGAGGCUCGUCUGCACAUCAGCCAGCAAACGCAACCUCAUCCCCACAUCAGCCUCCAACAGCAGCCCCAGCCUGCAACACAAGGCACCUCCUCCCCCAUCGCCUCUAAACCAGCCGCGUGGAGCAAGGGCUCAGCCUCCAGCACAGACCCGAACAAGCAGGAGUCGGGUCUGGCUGCACAGCAGCAGCUCAAUAGUUGUGUGAUGGUGAAGUAGAGCAUCAGCCAUUGAGACCAGCAAUUGUCUUGAUUUUUGAGCCGAGAAGAAAAGAAAGCAGAAGUGAGGAGAAAGAACAAAAAAGCAGAUGCAAGUGACAAACGUACACUUUAUUUAACAACAUGCGGUACAGAACGUGUGUAUGUUGUGUACACCUUUGAUAUCAUAUAAGCUAGAGACUAAGCAAUAACCAAACUCUGGACAAGACGUUGAACCAGUAUCAGACAGCCAGAGAAGCAAUAAUAGACUGAAAGACGUUAGCUAUCUUGAAUUAAAUGAGAGCUGACGCCAAUACGAUUAUUUCUCACAUGUUUUGAUUCUGUCUAAGUUAACUUUGUGAUUUUGUUGAAUACAGGAAGGCUCCUCCUUACUCAUUA